AUGGACGACCAGGCCCUGCAGAACCUCCCGUUACAGUCACUUCGCACCCGUCACACUCCAUACAACAAGGGGUCCGAUGGUGGUGAACGUGACUAUAGCGGCAGCAGCAGCAGGGCGAGUGGGAGGGGAGGGGUCAGGGGGAGAGGCAGGGGAAGAGGCAGGGGGGAAGUGGGGAAGAGUGGGAAGGGGAGGGAAAGAGGGAGGGGAGAGAUAGUUCCGACGGGCAGACAGGAGAAAGCGUGGGUGAGACGUGGUAGACCCGGGGAGGGAGGGAGGAGGGAGGAGGAGGAGGCAGAUGAGAGAGGUGCGAGAGCGAGGGCUGCUGCGCUGCAGAAAUGGCUGGAGGAGGGGUACGCGCUCCUGUAUGGCUCCCAUAACCUUCCUGAUGCCCAUAGUGCCCCUGAUGUCUAUGGUGCCACUGAUGCCCAUAGCCCUCUUUAUGACCAUGGUGCUUCAGAUGUGCAUGGUACUCGUGAUGGCGUUGGUGGCAGUGAUUAUGCUUAUGUUGUGCAUUCAGAGAAAUCGGGUACAUCCACAGGAAAAUCAACGGCAGAAGCAGCAAAACCAGCACCAACAGGCCUGUCACGAGCAGACCCAUCAGCACCAGCCCAACAAGCAGCGACAGAAUUAGCACCACGAGCGUCAGCAGAGUUAUCCUCGUCUAAGGGUGCUUCGUUUCUGCAAGUGCCGUUUUUGGAGGUGGAGAAGAUACCGGAAGGGCAGAGGUCGGCUGUAGCGUCAGCUGUAGCCAGGGAGAUGUGGACGGCAGGCGCCGCCCAUAUCGUGGCGGAGAUCUGCCGCCAGGUAACCCCUUCCCCGCUAGCAGCCGAGCUUGGCCGCUCGGUCCUGCCCUGGACGGCCCACGAUGACGCCUGGCUGUUUCCUUCUGCUCCUGCUUCCAGUUCUGCAAAGGGUGCUGCUGGUGCUGGAAGCAGGAGCAGGAGCAGCAGCAGCAGCAGCAGCAGCAGCAGCAGCAGCAGCAGCUCUGCUGGUGACUCUGGUACACCGUUUACUCGUGCUCCUGCUCGUGGUGCUCCUGCUCGUGGUGCUCCUGCUCGUGGUGCUCCUGCUCGUGGUGCUUCUGCUCGUGAUGCUCCUGCUCGUGAUGAUGCUGCUGCUGGUGCUGGUGGUUUGAGCAUGGGUCGGAUGAAGAUGAGGAGAAGAAGUACAAGCCUUGAAGCUGGUGUGCAGGAGGCAGCAGCAGGCGGCUGGCAUGCCACAGAAAGUGGGCGGCAUGCAUCAGCAAGUGGACGGCAUGCCACAGAAAGUGGGCGGCAUGCAGUGGCUGAAGGUGAAAGGCAGAUGAGUGCGGCCCAAGCGCCCUUGGCCCAGCAGCGGCUCGUGGCGGCUCACUCAAGCCUGGUGCGCUCCAUUGCUCGCCGCUUCUUCGGGCAUGGGGUGUCCCUCUCCGACCUCUACCACGCGGGAGUGACAGCCCUGCUGCGAGCAGCAGCAACCUACAACCCCACCCUCGCUUCUCCAGCCUCAGACCCCUCCUCGCAGCAAACCAGCCAAGGGGUGGUGGCUGCACGGCCAACUCACAUGUCGCAGGAGGCGAUGCAGCGCGAGGUGCCACAGCAGGUGCUACAGUCGGUGCUACAUCAGGGGCAGGUGGAGCAGCGGCCAACGGAGCAAGGGCAGCUUGAAAAGGACUUCGCAAAUAGCGAAAGUGGAAAGCAAGGAGAGUUGGUGGAGGAGAAGCAGGGAGGAUUUGAAGAGCAGCAGGCAAUGUCCUUCUCAUCAUGGGCCAGUCGUCUUGUUUACCAGUGCCGGCCGGUUACCUGUCUUCUCCCACGAGGUGCCGGCUGGUUACCUGUCUUCUCCUUGCUGUGCCCCUUUCUUGUGUUCUACGAGCUGGUUUUUGAGAAUUCUCAAAAGCCAACCCUCCCACGAGGUGCCGGUUACCUGUCUUCUCCCACGAGACCCUCCAGCAGGAGGUGUGGCGCCGCUCACCAGACUUCUCCUUCCCAUGCUCCUUGCUUGAAUGCCCGUUUGAAACCCCCUUUGAAACCCCCUUCCACUCCCGCCUCUCUCCCCUCCACCUCCACUCAUCAGACCCUCCAGCAGGAGGUGUGGCGCCGCUCACCAGUCUUCUCCUUCCCACGCUACGCCUACUUCCAAUACGCUGAGAUUUCUGCCGCCUAUGCUGUAAGCCCAUGUGUCAUUCUGUACCAUUCUGUGCCAUUUCGUGCCAUUGUAACGAGUCAUUUCGGAAGCAGCACGGCCAGGAGCCCCCUCUCGCAGCCCCCUCAGCCACCACCUAGUGACUUCAAAGUCGAUUCAAAAGCGCCUCUCUCCCCUUCCCCCCUCACCCUCGGCCCCCACCCAGUCAUUCCGGAAGCAGCACGCCCGGGAGCCCCCUCUCGCAGCCCCCUCAGCCUCUCUUUCCGGAAGCAGCACGCUCGGGAACCCACCCUCGCAGACCUCUCAGCUGCCACCAGCCUCUCACCCCAACGGAUUGUGACUGUCUCGAGGGCCAUGCGGCGAGUGAAGAACCCUCUCUCCUUCGACGUCUCCUUGCUCCCCAACCGCACCCAUGCUGAGACCUUCUCCAACGACAAAGCGGACCCCUGGCAGCAUCUCCUGGACUCGGAGCAUCUGGUCCUCCUCUCACACGCUCUCUCCACCCUCGACCCGCACCGCCGCCUCGUGAGUGCACUUUUGCUAACACAUGGGCAGAGGCGGCGGGUACAAAUGGGUAGUGGUGCGUACAAAUGA